AUGAGUAAGAGUUGCGCAGAAGUUCGUUACAUUUCGACGGACGUAAUCAGACCAGCUACUUAUUGCAGCAGCAAGGCGUCAGGCGUUUCCGGGAGUGAUGAGUGUAUUGAGUUAAGUAAAGAGGAUAUCAUGGUGCUACCUGUUGGAUAUAUGCAGAGAGGUCUUCUCUGCUCUUGCAAAGAAGAAGAUAAGAAAACCGUCGUCACUCGACUAAAAACGUCUCUUGCACUCACACUCGACCACUUCUUCCCUCUUGCCGGUCGUCUUGCUGUCAGAAAACAUGAUAAUGUCGACGCCGACGCAUCAUCCUCUGUUUACAUAAAUUGCAACUCUGUGGGUGCAGAAUUCAUUCACGCAAUUGCGGAUCAUGUAACCAUAGGCGAAAUUCUCGAUCCAGUGUACGUUCCUCGAGUAGUUCAGGAAUCCUUAUUCUCACUCAAUGGUGUAAUGAAUUAUGAGGGUUUGUCAAAUCCGUUGCUCUCUAUCCAACUCCCGUUCUCCAUCGAUUGCGAAUCUUUCAAAGAAACAUAUGUCAGUACUACUGCUGCAGCCAAUACGUCGCAACUGGAAUCGAAAUGUUUUCAUUUCACAGCGGAGAACAUAGCUAGACUUAAAGCAAAGGCUAAUUCGUGCAUCUCUGCAGAGGAAAGUACUAGUACAAAAAUCUCUUCUUUACAAGCUCUGCUGGCUCACUUUUGGGUAGCUGUAACGAGAGCUAGGUGUUUAGAUCAGGAUGAUGAGACUACGUAUUUAGUAGCUAUAGGCAACAGAGAUAGAUUGAAGCCACCUGUGUGCCAAGAGUACUUUGGGAACUUGGCUUAA